AUGGACGGAGCAAAACCGCCAUUGCGGCGCUCCGAUAGCAUCGAUCGACAAUUUGCCGCCAUCCUUGCCAAUGCCCAGAAACAGUAUGCCGACUCCAAGGGGCUUGAUCUUCAGGGCUACAUGGAACCGCCCAUGAGGUCCACCGACGACCUCCUCAACGUCAUCACUCGCGAGAAUGAAAAGUUUCAAACCUUUCGAGAAAAGCGCCAAACCCUUUUCGAGUGUCUCUCGGCCGCUUGCAAGCCGCUCGAGGUGGUUGGCGAAGCUCUGGCAGGAGCCUCCGAGGAGGUUUUCCCACCUGGUCAAACCAUCUUCGCCGCCGUCGCCUACCUCAUCAAUGCCGCCAAGGACGUUUCGGCAUGUUACGAUUCCAUUAUCGAGUUGUUUGACCAAAUGAAGGACUUCACUGCUAGAUUGAAAUCCUAUGUAUCGCAGAAGAUGUCAUCCGAACUCCAUGACAAGGUUGCCACCAUCCUCGCUACCAUCUUCGAAAUCUUCGUCCUCGCCGCGCACGAAAUACGGGGUGGCCGUUUCAAGUCAUACUUGAAGAAUCUGUUCGGGAAGGAAAGCAAAGUACCCGAGGCCCUGAAGAAGCUGGCUUCGCUAACACAAGCGGAAGAGCGCCUGGUCAUCGCGGAGACUAGCGCUAGCGUCAAGCGAUCCCUUUCAAACGAGGAGAAGCUUCUGGAAAUGAUGUCGAGAGUGGACAUCAACGUCCAGACCUUGCGUCCCGAGACUCGCGUGCCCCAGACAAGGGAGCAGGCUCUCUCCUCCAACAGGGAUAAGCUCAAAAGAAUUCUCCGACCGUCCGUUUACCCGGAAGAUAACUACUCUGCUCUCGACAGAACGCGCACCCCUGGCACGUGCGAAUGGAUUUUGCAAGACCCCUCUCUUCAGGCUUGGAUGACUGGCGAGAUCCGCUUCCUAUGGAUCUCUGGAAACCCCGGCACAGGAAAGUCAUAUUUGGCAUCUCGUCUUGUCUCGUGGGGCCAAGAAAAGCUCAACGAUGAGCAAGCCAACAGCAUGCUGGGAUACGUCUUUGUCCGCCAGAACAUCCCGGAAUCCCGAUCCAUGAUUCGGGCUCUCAAAGACAUGGCAUACCAAAUUAGUGAGCAAGAUGUUUUUUACGGCAAACAGCUCGUCCAGAGCAUCUCUUCUAGCGACGAAAUCAAGACCGUUUCAAGCGCUUUCAGAAAAUUGCUUGUGGAACCCUGCAAGCCUGACAAAUGGAAGAGGCACAUCUAUCUCCUUGUGGAUGGCCUUGACGAAGCCGAGCCCAGGGAGGUCAGAGAGUUCUUGUCGUUGUUGAAAGCUCUCAAGUCGCAACGCGCAACAGGAACACGGGUGCAGGUCGCCUUGGUUGGACGAAACACCCUGACGGAUGAUGUCCAGGAAGCCAUUGGAGAUGACACAAUCGGCCGAUCGCUACAUGUCAUACCUGAACGGAACGGGGCCGACAUUGUGUCUUACAUCACCGAGGGCGUCAACCGUGCUCGCAUUCUCCGACGCUCCCCACGAAAAGAAAAGGAAGACAUUAUUGAUGCCAUGAUCAAACAAGUCGACGGUCUUUUCGUACUGGCCAAGUUCAUGUUGACGGAAAUCAACAGGAAUAGACACCCAAGAAAUAUUGUUGAAAGCCUGAAGGCAUACCCAAAGGAGAUGAAUGGAAUGCUGACAAAGGCCGUCUUGGAUUUCAGCGCAUCCAUCACCCCGCAAGAUGCAGACGAUCUAAACGAAAUUUUGCGCUGGGUCUCGGUCGCCGAGAUGGGCCUGACGCUUGAGCAGAUCGAGUCUAUUCUGGCCCUUAAGAUGGGAGACGCCCCAUUGGGGCUUGAGGAAUUGCUGAGGGGCCAAUUCUCCUGUUUCUUUACACUUGAGCGGGAGGAUGGACUCUCGACAGCUGAUCUUGCUCGAAAACACGAGAACCGUCGUCUGUGGGCUUCCAGCGAAACGGGUAUCAACGAGGAAAAUAGCCCCGACCCAUUGAACAUGGAGAGAGACAUUCAGUAUUUAUCAAAUAAGCACACAACAUAUGUGAACUUCUUCCAUGAUUCGGUCAGGGAGUUCUUCCAAGAAGACUCGUCAACGGACCUCAGAGUAGACGAAGAGCACCCGUCCAUCGGUUUCCAGCUUGCCGAUGCGAGACGGCACGUUCUCAAGACUUGCUUGCGAAUCUUUACUGACCCAGCCUACUUUGUUCUUGGCGAGGAGGGACUUUCUUUGCAGCGAUAUGCCGCCUGGUACUGGCAAGAGCACCUGGACGACAUCGACAUUGCUGCUACCCCGGUAGCUGAAAAGGCCGACAUCGGUAGCCGCGUCUACCUCAUGCUUACUGAUCCGACCAUCAUUCUUACCUGGACAAACCUAUUUGAGGAAAGUCUAGACAUCUGGAACGACCACAACAUCGAGGUUGUCUCCCGAUGGCUGAAAGAUGACGAGGCUACAAGCGCUCUCACUCCAGAGCAAAAGAAGUGGACUGAAUCGGCGUCAGACAACCCUGCGAAAUUGCUCGAACCUAUGGGGAGAACGUUCGCCAAGGCUUGGCUCCUCGAAGAAUUUGAAGUGUAUAUGCCAACCUUGUUCUGUUUCGGUGUCGUCCAGUCACUGCCGCUGUUGGAGAGGGGCGGGAAGUGGUCCGAUUCCGACUAUCACUGGCAGGACGUGCCGCUGGAAAUGAGGAUCGAGCAGGCCGCCGCUUGGGCGAGUCAACCCCCAACGGGACAUUGGCUCCGGAGAAUCGGCAGUACUCUCUUGAACUUGGGAGAACACACCAAAGCGCUGGAGUAUUUCGAAGAGGCUUUCAAAAAAGACUCCAACACGGCAGAAAGCUACGGCCGGAUGGGCUUGUGUCACGCUAUGAAUGGCAACUACAAAAAAGCUCUGCCGCUUCAUCAGGAGUGCGAAUCGUUGGAGAAAACGCGUAUGGCAGAGGGCUAUUAUAAGACCGACCACGAGGUCAAGGCUGCCAAAUGGAGACUUUACAAAAACCAAGCUCAGAUUGCAGAGUGCUACAACCGCAUGGGUGACAUUGACGAAUCGAUCCAGUAUUGCCGCAAGGCAAUGGAGAACGUCUAUUACGCCCCCGAAUUUGAACCCGAAAUCGCCUACAUAGGGGUUCUUACCGAGAAUAACCGCUUUCAAGAGAUGAUGAGCCUCUUCGAUGAGAUGGACUGCCGAUAUACGGACAAAGGAAACUCUUGUUUUGUGCAUUUCCUCUUGACUCAGAUCCCUGAUCAGUCCAUCAAGGACUGGUUUCCCCAAGCGGCAGCUCGGACAGGAAAGACAGCUGUUUCCAAGUUGGCAGGACGCUAUCGCAUUGCCAUGGAAUCCGCGCACGAGGCCCAGGAUUCCUGGAAAGAAAUCUAUCUGCAGAAUGCACACAGCAACAUCCUUAUGGCCGCGCAAGACUACGAUAAUGUCAUUACCAUGCUAGAAAAAGUUUGCUUGGUCGAGUACAAAGCAAGAGGAAGCCUGUCUGUCCGGGUUGAGUACAUUGCUUCAUUCAAACAGCUUGCCAGGGCAUACUUUCUAAAAGCGCAAGAUGCUGACCAGACGUUGCAAUCCGGAGUCGUCGAGUUUUGGGUCAAGAAAUUGGAAAAGCUCAUGCAGCAGCAACGAAAAUACCAGAACAAGGAUGUCCCCCUGCGCAUGGCUGGUUUUGACUCAAACGAGGCAUCCAUCUUCCUGAUCCUGGCAUACCGUCUGCGCAACAGAGUUAAGGAAUCACGGCAGCUUGUCCAAGGCCUGGUCUCUGAGAGUCUCAAGCUUUUAGAGGACGACGAGCCUCAAAAUGACGAAAUCAGCAUCCGCCACCUUCGGCGGUCUCUGAUUGCCGCUGGAGAUGAAGUCAAUGCCCGAGCUAUAUGGCAGUCUACAAGACCCCCGUCGCUGCCUGCUAACUUUUCUGGGCGCUUGACUACUAACCGAAGACAAUCGAACUCACCCAGGAACGGCGGUCUGUCACCCAGAAGACGCAGCAAGCAGAUCUUCCUGACCAAUAUGUUCUCGGAAGGCAACGAUAUAUCUUGCGACCACUGUCUUAAGAGGUUCGAGCCAUCCAACCAGUUUGCAGUGUGCUGGUACUGCAUCGACUUGAAAUUCUGCCUGCCCUGCUUAGACGUCAUCAAGAGCCAGAACUUCAAGCCAGGUCAUACCUCGGUGUGCAAGCCUAGCCAUGACUGGCUCAUCGUUCCGCCCUUGUCAAGAGACCUUCAGGCGAGUGAGAUUCUGGUUGAUGGAGAGGUACGCAGGCUGGAGGAGUGGAAGUCAGAGCUACGGGACAAGUGGGUGCAGGCGAAGCCCGUAAAGGGUCUUGAAAUAAUGUUGAACUAG